GCGCGGUAACAACGGCAGUGCGAGAGCGUCGACCGCGCGGCGCGGACGCCGGGACCAUGGAGGAGAGUUACGCGGCACAUCGGCGACGCAAGGCCGCCGCCGCGGCCAGCCGACGUCGCGAGAAGACGCCUGCCAGCGACGAGCGACGAUCAGGGGACGAGGAAGCGACAGAGUCGCCAGACAUGGACGAGGACGAGGAGCGUCGAGCUCGAAUGGAGCGCAUGGUCGAGGACACCGAGCGCAUGGAGGAGAGAAGAUCGCGAACUCGUUCUCCCGGCGCCGACAGACGCGAGACGGCGUCGCCCCGACGGCAGGAGGAAGCUGCAGCGGCACCGCCGAGGAGCAAGGGAGACAACGACACUGGGCUCAGGCGGAGAAUGGCCUCGCCGGAAGGUGAACGCUCGAGACACCUGUCGCCUUCAUCGAGCGCGGAGGACGAGCGUCUGAAGCGUCGCUCGAGCAGUCGUCACCGUUACGACGACGAGCGCGAACAGCCACGUCGCUCGGCAAAGAAGCAGAUCAUUCCGCUGAGCGACGACAGCCUUUACGAGGAUGUGGUUCGCGCCAAGCGCGCCUACGCCCACCGCGUGCCAAACGACGACUACGAGUACGAGGAGGACGACGAGGAUGAGGUGCGUCGGAAUCCGAAGCGAACCAUACGCAAAAGGAAGACGAGCAUCGUUCACACGGACGAGGAAAGGGAUGAGAUCAGUAAAUCCGUGAACGCUCGCUCGUCGUGGUACUCGUGGAUUCCCUUCCUUGGCGCGACGAAGCAGAACAUCGACGAGACGAUCGAGGACAAGGAUCGCAAGCGGAAGAAAGCAGACGCGAAACUGGACAAGCCCGGCUCGGUGGCGGCCGAGGAAGCGCCACCGCCAGGCCGAUUGCGUCGGCUGUUCGCCUCGCUGGCCGACCUGUCGGCCGAGUUCCGCGAAUUCUGCCGUCAGAAUCCCGAAGAAGUGAACAUCCUAAUCGAGCUGCGAAAUCUGUGCAUCGCCGAGGCCGUCAUCACGUUUAUCGUGAUCGGUCUCGGCGGGCUGGCGUUCAGAUUCACCGAGGGCGCCUUCGAGACUUUCUACAAGUGCGGCGUGAAGAGGGUGAAGAGAGACUUUUUGGACAGCCUGUGGAAUUACAGUCACAACAUGAAGGAGGACGAUUGGAAGAGCAUGGCAAGGAGGAAGCUCAUGGAGUUCGAGGAGCAACUGCACGACGCUCACGAAGCCGGGGUGCAGACUUACAGCGGCCAGAAGAAUUGGACUUUCUUGAACGCCUGCGUGUACUGCUUCACCGUUAUUACGAGUAUUGGUUAUGGACACAUAUAUCCCAACACAACGACGGGCCGCGCACUGACGAUAGUCUACGCGAUCUUUGGCAUUCCAAUGUUCCUCAUAGUACUCGCGGACUUUGGCAAAAUGUUCACUAGGGGUAUCAAGUUCCUGUGGGCAUUCGUGCGGCGGCUCUACUAUACCGGAAGUUGUCGCAAAAUGAGAAGGACCGUGCCGAUGCAGGGAAUGAUGAAAGGCGUACAAGCGGUGUACGACUUCGCGACCUUCAGGCGGCCAUCGCAGAUGACGCCCGAGGAGAUCGUCGAGAUACAGCGUCAGCAGCAGCAGCUGCAACAGCAGACGACUCUCAACGUGGAUAACAGCUUGCAGCAGAUACCACCGGAAUCGCCGUCGACCCCGGCGAUGUCAGCUUUCGAAAUUGACGACGAGUUCAAUCUACCCAUCUCCGUCGCCAUUACCAUUCUCGUUUUUUACAUUUUCAUUGGCGCCACGGCUUUCAAUAUCAUCGAGGAUUGGGGUUUCUUCGACAGUUUCUACUUUGUAUUCAUAUCAAUGAGUACGAUUGGAUUUGGUGACUUCGUCCCGAAUGAACCUUUGUGGAUGAUGCUGUCAAUAGUGUACUUGAUUUUUGGUCUUGCACUGACUUCUAUGUGUAUCAACGUCGUCCAGGUAAUGCUGACGGAUCAGUUCAAACAGGCGAGUCAAAAAAUUGGCGCCACGAUUGGUUUUCAAGUGUCAGAGGAGGAUGGCUCGUUGAAACCCUCGCCGCCUGAUCCUGUCGAAGUGGCAGAGGUGCACAACGGUACCUCGAAGGCGAAAAACGGCGAAGAAGCAACAGAAAAAGUCGCGCCAAAAGCUAAGCAAGACGUUAACGAACUUUAGAAUAAAGGAUAUCCUUGAAAUGUAUUGUUGUUGAAAGUGUCUACAUUCGGAGCGAUCUCUGCUUUAGAAAUGAAAUUUGCUAUUUCAUUGAAAAGUAGAAGAUGCGAUGAAAAAUAUUUCGUUUUCAAAAAAGUCUCUGAAAAAUGGAAUUGUCGUGAAAACAACAGCAGGCAGGGAUUAAACAAAGUGCGUUUAAUUACAGAUGGUUUAUAUUUGAUAACAAAAAGAAAAAUAAUAUAUUUUUACAACGACAAUGCUAUCGAAUUGAGUGCUCUUGUUAUGAGUUUGGAUAUAGUUUAUAUAACAAGUUAAACAAGGAGCAACGUAAUGUUAUUUAAUUGUGAUUUUGAUUAAAUUUAUGACAAAUGAAAGUUAUAUCAAACGGCACAAACGUGGUUAUUACAUCGGAAAUUAACUAAUCAUUUUGUAUUUAAUUGUCGUUCCUUUAAUUCACGGUAUAAAACGAAUCCUACUUUACUCAAUACUUUUAUUUGUUCUGAAUAGCUUAUCUUCUUAGUGAGUAUUAGACAAAAAUGAAGUCUCGCAAAAAUACUAGUCAAUUAAAGGUGUUAUAUAGUUUGUACAUAAGAAUGUCGUAAUUUUAAUCGUAAUGUAAUGUUUCUCACAUCUAAAGAGCUUCUUCGACAACUAUGACAUUUCGACAAGUGCUGUAUCAUUGUAAACGUAACAAACCCUAGUUAACGAAGAAAACAACUAUACAAUAUAAAAAGUUUUACCUGUUGCUCAUUGUGACAUGAGUGUCGAAAUGAUAUUUCUGACUGUAAAACGAGGAAUAAUUGUAAGAACCCAACCGUACAAUAAUAAUGUAUACAAUAACUUCGGAAUUUAGUAUUGUACCAUAAGUUUCGAUACAAACGAAAUUUUGGCUUUACAAUGAAAAUAAUUACAAUUGUCCUCUUUCCUGACCUUUUAUUUUCAAAGUAAAGUACGAAUUACUAACGAACAGCAUAUUUUUGAAUCUUUUCGAUAAAGGAUCGAGAAAAUCCUAUUAUAACGAGAUGAAAGAGCAAAAGGCCAAAAGGUAGGAGCUCUCUACGAAGUCUGUAAUUAAUCGCAGCUGCUCUAAUUUUGAAAUAAUUGCGAGAGAGAAGCAGCGCCUCUUCUAGUUCUACAGUUCAGCCGCGCGAUCGCACACGAACAAAAGUAAAUGUGUAAAUGACUAUGAUAUACUCGUGCCUUGUUUUGUCGAAAAAAAAAAUAAAUAAAGCGAAAGCUGUAAUAGUCGAGGUUGCGUCGAGUCACAGAAAUUUUCGCAUGUGAUAUAACAUAUUAACGAUAUACGCACUACGCGUGGCAUAGUUGAUUGGACUGUUGCUAUUUGAAUUUUACUUUCGUUCGUCCUUAGAUUAUAUUUCUCAAUAUCUAUAUAGAACGUCUGGAAAUUGAACUUCGAUCGGCUUCAUGUAUAUCAAUUCAUUUUUACAAAUAUAUAUGAGCUUAUUGCUUGGGAAUUUUUUAAUUAAAAAAUAAAGUUUUGUCUUGUAAAAAUUUGAUACUGCGAUUAAUCAUCAGUCAAGUUUUUCAAUUUUUGUUAUCAUGGAAUAUCAUAUCUUUAGAUUUGUCAAACGAGUUACGCAAUGCAUUCGAAAUGAAUUGUCGCGUUCCCAAAAAUUGCUUGCACGCCCACGAACAAUUUGUUUGAACGUUACACAAAUACUUAGUAAAUAAUUUUAUCUCUUGUAUACUCUGCAGCGCAGCAUUUCUUGUAAAUAUACAAAUGAUCUUUUAAAGACGAUUUUGAAAAGCGUGACGGAGUAAUGGUUUCUUUUUAUCGGUGAGAAAAAUGAAUAUAACAUUUCAUCAGUCUUUUGCUAAAAAUAUACUCAGAUGCAGUUUGAUUUGAGCAAAAUGCACGGCGCUCUGAUACACAUACAUACACACGUACAUGGUGUAAUAUUACCGAUAAUUAUAAUAAACGAUAGUUUAUUGUCCAUAAUUUACUUGCCAAUAAAAUCACCCGACAAGAA